AAUUUCAAACGACUCCUUAUUACGUUGUAUAUUGUUAUAAAACUGAAACGAAGAGAUUCAUCGAUUAGGAUAUGAGCUGUACAGAAUGUCAAAGCUCGAAUCUUGGAGAAGAAAACCUAGCUGGACAGUGUCUACAGGUGUGCUACAAUUGUGGAGCAGUUCAAGAAAGUAAUGAUUUAGUUGACGAUCGUAGAGAAUUCGUUCAAUCUUACGAUGAAAAAAAAAUAAGAAACACAGAACGUUUAAGGACGAAAAUUUUCUUCGAGAUGCUCUCUAUUGCUGAUACAAACUCAAAACAUCUUCGUUUGGAUAAAAUAACGAGAGAAACGAUUACGAAUUUUGUACAGAAAGUUUAUGAUGAGAAUAUACACAAAAAAUCGAAAAGUAAAGCAGCAUUGGCUUUAGCUUGCAUUUAUAUAGUUUGUCGACAAAAUGGAAUAAAUCUAACGAUGAAAGAUAUAACUAGAACGUCAGGAAUAGAUGUAGGAUCCAUAUAUAAAGCAGUAUAUGUAGUAAAGUCACAAUUUGAUAUAGUCAUAAAAAGCUCAACGAUAGCAGAAGUUACUGCUAGAUAUCUUGAAAGCACAACCCUUGAAAAAGAAGUGUGUACAUCAACAGUAAAACUUAUGAAGCUUUGUGAAAAAGCUUGGCUGGUAACUGGCAAAAGUCAUAUUGAUGUUUUCGUUGCUCUAACUGCAUACGAAGCAUGGCGGGGUCAUAAUAAGAGGGAAGUUUUGAAAGGGUCUACCUCUUUUGAAUCAUUUAUUGAACAGUAUUCACCAAAUUUUAGCUUUUAUUUAAGCGAUAUUACAUUAAAUAAGUAUAAAAGUGUAAUUCGUUUUUUGCUAUUGAAAUUAUUGAAAAAAUUAAAACCCAAUGAAAAAAUAUCAGAGAAGCAUCUCUUCUUUCACACGCUGGACGUUGUUAAAUAUCAGAGGACUUUAUUAAAAGAAUUACAAGAUGAUAAGAUUUGUUUUAAAACUGAAAGUAACGAAACCCCCAAACUAAAUAACAAAGAUGAUAGAGACAGUAGAAAUGAUAAAAAUGAUGUUGAAGAAGUAGAAGAAAAAGAAGACGACGACGAUGAUGAUGAUGAUGAUGAUGAUGAUGACGAUGAAAUUCCUUUUUUUAAUAAUCUUGAAGAAUUAGAAGAAUAUUUAGAGAAACGUAAAAAGAAAAGAUUAGAAAGGAGGAAAGAAACGAUUAAACAAAAGAGAAAGUUUAAAGACGAAAAUAUAGGUAUUUUACCUUUAUGUUCAUUUAAAAAAAAAAGAAAACGUUCAAAUAUUUGCGAAGAAAUUGAAAUUAAAGAAGAAAUUUCUAACGAAGAAAUUGAUUCAUAUGUUAUGUAA